GGAAACAAGAGAUAGACUUGGUAUGCCCAAGGCCACCAUCUUCCUCCAGGUGUGCAGACACUUAUUGUCUGUCCCAUAGCCCUGUCUUCUGUCUUCUGGGGGACAGCAUGGACCAAAACAUCACAUAGAUGGGCAGAGGUGGACUGUGGUUUGUGCUGUUGCCCUGUUGGUUCCUUCAUACUUUCCCUAGGAUGCUGCAGCCUGAAGGCCCCCAAGCCUUGGAGGAAGGGGCAGCCCUGACCGCCCCACGGAAUGACUGUGUCAUCUGCUACUCUGCCUAUGACCUGUCAGUACACUUGCCUCGCCGCCUCUACUGUGGCCACACCUUCUGCCAAGCAUGCAUGCGGCGGCUGGACACCCCAGCCCAUGAACAACACUGGAUCCCCUGCCCACAGUGCCGUCAAAGUACCCCUAUGCCCCGAGGAGGGGUGACCAUGUUGGACCUGGACCUAGCUGCCUUUUUGGCAGUCAAAGCUGAACGGGAACCAUCAAGAAUAGAACCCAGGUCCUCUGUCCCCCUCAAAGUCAGCGCUACCAUCACUCAGCAGCCAGCCGAACUCUACCCCACCUUGCGCCCCCAACCCCACUUUCCUCAGCCUGGAUGCUGUUGCUGUGGCUGGGGAAGACUGUGCUGGUAUCCCCCUGGGAACGCUGAGGUCUAAAUUCUGGCUCUCUCCACCUCCACAAAGGAAAUUGUGCUAGCAGCUUGCCUGC